AUGAAUCAAGAGAAAUCAGCCAAACUCCAGGCUCAGGUCCAGAUAGGAGGCAAGGGCACAGCACGCAGAAAGAAGGAGGUGGUGCACAGAACGACCACAGCAGACGACAAGAAACUCCAGAGUUCUCUCAAAAAAUUGGCUGUGAAUAAUCUUGCUGGUAUUGAAGAGGGGAACACGAUUAAUGACGAUGGGACGGUUAUUCAUUUCAACAACCCCAAAGUGCAGGCUUCCCUCUCCGCCGAAACCUUUGCCAUCACUGGCCAUGCAGAAGCGAAGCUAAUCACAGAAAUGCUUCCUGGAAUCUUAAACCAGCUUGGGGCCAACAGCUUAACGAGUUUUAGGAAGUUAGCGGAGCAAUUCCCGAGGCAAGUGUUGGGUAGCAAAGCACCCGAGCCUGAAGACAUCGACAAAAAGGAUGACGAUGUGUUAGGUCUCGUAGAAAAUUUUGACCAAGCGUCAAAAAACGAAGCAAACUAG